ACAUUCACGAAAAUAAAUAGCAACUAGUAACUUUCACGAUUGUCAAAAAUUGCAUGUGACUUGCACAGUUGCACAGAAAAUGUAGUUAAAGUUGUUUUGCAUUCGUCGAACGAUUAUGAACUUUGUACAGGAAAUAUCAUCAGGACGAUAAAGACGUUAUUGCGAGCCAUGGCGCCUGAAAAAUCGAGCGGCAGUGCUGGUUGCCAAUUAAGAAAUGUUCCGAAUGCUUUGAGCAGUACGCCUAGUAUAUCAUCACCAUUUCCUUCUCCCAACAUUCAAUCAGGUAACCCACCUCCAGUGCCACCACGUCAACCAGUUCAAAAUUAUUCUGGAUUCAAUGAUUAUAGACCAUACGGGUCUAAUUAUUAUGGUGGAUAUGGAAAUCAGUAUAGAGGAUUCAGUGGGUAUGGAGGAUAUAGUUCCUAUGGUUAUAGUCCAUAUUCUAAUUUUAAUAAUUAUGGAUCAUUUGGUGGACACAGUGGCGAUGUUGAAAGUAGAUUUUCUCAAUAUUUUGAAGAAAGCACUAGGCCAACAUUUCAGUUGAUUGAAACUGUUCUGCAAACAUUUUCAUCUGUAACAAUGCUCUUGGAAUCUACUUAUUUUACUAUAACGAACUCGUUUAGGGCAAUUUUGAGCGUUGCAGAAAAUGUUGGAAGGCUACGCUCCACUAUAGGACAACUAUUUAAUACACUUGCAUUGAUUAGAUUCCUAAAAUGGUUAUACAGAAAAAUUGCACGCGGUACUGGUUUCCAGAAUGAAAGUUCCAUAAACGAGGAAUUAUGGGAGAAAUCUAUAGUAAAAGUUGGAAACGAAAAUGUUAAUAAUUCUUCUUUUUGGUCUGGAUUUUUAUUAUUUAGCGUGUUUUUCGUAGUACCUUACAUGAUUCAUAAAAUCUCGAGUAACAUGAAACACUUUAAAAUGAAAGGGAAUGAUCCAAAGGAAUGGUACCAAAGCGAACAACCAGUAUAUAUUGCAACAGUUAUGUACGAUUUUGUUGCAGCAAAUAAUGAAGAACUGAGUGUGAGAGCUGGUCAGAAAGUUUGUCUUGCACCUCAAUCUUUACAACCAAAAAAUUUACCAGGGUGGUGCAAAGUUACUGAUAACGUGAACGUCGGUCUCAUUCCCUACAAUUAUGUUAGAGUUGUAGGACAGUUAAAAAAGAAGAAGGAGAAUACUGAAACGCCGCCUCUAAACGAAGAGAAACCUUCUACGAACGAAAAUCAGUUUAGGAAUAAUAAAGAGGGUUCUGAAAUUUUAAGAACCAAUGAAAAUGUUACGAAUGAAGCAUAAACAUUUAGAAUUUAUUUAACAUAAUUGAAGCAAUAUUCGUUUAAUUUUCAAUAUAAUAAUGAUUGCUGAAUAUUUUUAAACAUUAAUCGCGAAAGACUGUAUUCUAAUAAAUUCUUUCGUAUCAGUUAAUAACUUAUCUCGAGAAAUACCAAAUUGCCUUUAAAUAUGCAUCAUAAAUAAUUGUAACAAAAAUAACAUUUAAUGAAUUUUGGUUUGGAAAAUUAAGUUAUGACACUGAUAUAAAAAUUGAGAAAAGUGGAUAAAAUAACUAACAACUUUUAAAACAUUUUAAUUUUUGGACAAUUAUAGGUGGAAUAGUAAAAAUUUCGGAUAAACUGAAAUUCUAUGCCUGUUGGGUUUUAAAGUAAGAUUGGGUUAUCGAUUUUUUUGAUGGGUAUAAUAGAUGGGACUUUCAAUGUUACAUACAGUAGUUAUAUUUAUACCGCAAACCGUAAUUUUAGUAAUUAUUAUAACAUAACGUAUGUAUUGUUAAAUUUGUACACAUUUUUCUAUUUAAUUUUUAAUUUUUGUUUAUAAUAAACUGGAUAUUUAAAUAAAUACUGUUAAGUUUGUAUCUUU